AUGAUAACAGAUGAAAAUGUAGCUGAAAUACCUGUUUGUUAUAAGGCUUUCCUUUCUUUGUAUAGUAUAAGAAAGAAAAUAGUUAAAGUGUUGCAAAAAUCAUUAAAAAUGACUGGAAAAGCCCCUACUGGUAUCCGGGAAAAACAUUUUAACAGACCACAAAACUUAAAACCUGAUGCUAAACAGUUAGUGCUUGAACAUAUCAGUUCUUUUAAAUGGCGUCAAAGUCAUUACAGUUUAAAAGACUCAACAGAAAUGUACCUGUCCGAAGAAAUAAAUAUAAAAAAAAUGUAUAAUAUGUACAAAGGUAUUAAUAAAGAUCAACAGUAUACUGUGUCGUACGAAACCUACAUAUCUAUAUUCUCACAAGUGUAUCAUUUGGCUACCCGAGAAGUGACACCUGCAGUAUAUGCGAUAUAUACUUGUCAAAAAGAAAGGCUUUAG